AUGUCCAGCAUGUUGUUUGUGUUUGACUUUGAGGCGCUGAUUAGCACGGUGUUGUUUAUGUUCCUGUAAUUUAUUCGUUGUUUUUUUUCCUACGUUUACUUAAAAAAGUAUAGAAGUAUAAAUAAGACGCGUAUGCAUUUAUUUAGUGUAGGACGUAAGCGAUGUUAAGGCACUUUAUACGACAGGUUACAGUUUGUGCCUAAUGUGUUGUUGCUAGUUCAGUGUGUGUAGGUGUGUGUAGGUGUGUGUGUAGGUGUGUUUCAGUGUGUGUAGGUUUGGGUCAGUGUGUGUGUGUGUAGGUUUGGGUCAGUGUGUGUGUGUGUAGGUUUGGGUCAGUGUGUGUGUAGGUUUGGGUCAGUGUGUGUGUGUAGGUUUGAGUCAGUGUGUAAUACACGUUAAACAUGCAGGUGUUCAGGAAGCUGGUGUGCGGUGUGUGUGUUAGUCUGAACAAACACACAGGAGGUGUUCGGACACUCAGCACUUCUUCACACAGGGCCCAGUCUGUAAUGCAAGCUUGGGUCAUUGAUCAGUACGGAGACAACAGUGUGCUGAGAUUCACCACAAACGCUGCUUUUCCUGUUCUACACUAUCCAAAUGAGGUGAUAAUCAAAGUGCAGGCAGCCGGACUCAAUCCUCUGGAUGUCAACAUGAGAGGAGGUUACGGUGCUGCCACUAUGGCCAUGAAACGCGACCCUCUGAACAUUAACAAGUCUAGCAGCGAGUUCCCUCUGAUCCUGGGCCGUGACGUGUCAGGGGUGAUCAUGGAGUGUGGCCUGGACGUGGGCUACUUUAAACCUGGAGAUGAGGUUUGGGCUGCGAUUCCACCAUGGAAGCAGGGCAGUUUGGCAGAGUUCGUGGUGCUCAGCGCUAACGAGGUUGCUCACAAGCCUAAAUCGUUGGGUCACACAGAUGCAGUGUCUCUCCCGUAUGUCGCAGCUACAACCUGGUCAGCUCUCGUCAACACAGGCGGCCUGAACAAAGACAACUGCUCUAAAAAACGAAUUCUGAUCCUCGGAGGUUCAGGUGGAGUCGGAACAUUUGCCAUUCAGCUGCUGAAGGCGUGGGGCGCUCACGUGACAGUGACGUGUUCCCAGAAUGCCGAGCGGUUAGUGAGGAGUUUAGGGGCAGAUGAUGUGGUGGAUUACAGCAGCGGGCCGGUGGAGAGAAAACUGUGUGAUGUGGACAAGUUUGAUCUUGUUCUGGAUAACGUCGGUGGAGAGACGGAGAAAUGGGCGCUAACGCUGCUUAAGCCCUGGUCCGGCGCUAAGUACGUCACCUUGGUAACGCCGUUCCUGCGCAACACCGACCAGCUCGGCCUCUGCGACGGCAUGAUGCAGACUGCUGUCACCAUAGCAACCAAGGCAGUAAAGCACCUGAGUAACGGCGUACACUAUCGCUGGGGCUUCUUCUCUCCGAGCGGCUCUGUGCUGGAUGACGUGAGCGAAAUCGUGGACACGGGAAAGAUACGUCCGGUGGUGGAGGAGACGUUCCCCUUCUCUCAGGUCCCUCAGGCCAUGCAGAAAGUGGAACAGGGCCACGCCCGUGGCAAAACCGUAGUAACCAUCGCCGAGGACCGGCCAGAGUAACCGACAAGGAAAUGGGGAUCGCUCACUGUGGAUAGAUCAGUCUCCAUGGAAACAGAGACAAUCCAGCAGCUCGGCACUAACGCGGAGUCUGUGUGCACUGAUCAGACCGAUCUGAUCUGAUCUCACACUCAGAACACAUUUACAUGAAGCAGGUUAACACAUGACUUUCAACCAUCACUAGACACACACACACUCCUCGUCUCCAGUGGGCGUGGCCUGACACCGUAGUAAUACUGUUUCGUAAAGCAGCUCACUGCUCAUCACUUUUGCAUAGAAUCUUAAGAAUUUUCCUUCAAUCUUCAUCUGUCGAAAAACCGUCCCAUAUUUCCCAUAAUUCCUCUUUACCACGCGAACAGACGUCUAAACGUGUCCAAGUGCCGAAGUUGUUUAAAAUAAAUCGUUUGCAAUAACAAGCAGCUGUUUGGAUGAAGUUGUACGGCGUAGCAAAAAGUUCUACAAAAUGACAAAAGCUCACAGAGAAUCACACGAAUAACGAAGCUGAAAUGAUCUGGAUGUUUCUCUAAAGAGGAAAUUGUUUUCAGUGAUUAAAUCUGUUUAGUUUUGCAGGUUUAGAAAGACACUUCAGAGUGAGAGGAAAAGUGUCAAGAUGUUAAUCUGUGUGUGUGUGU